ACACACACACUUUACAGACUUUAGUCAGAGCUGUAUCGUCGUCGAAGCAGGGUCUAGUUCCGCACCAGAGUUCCUCGGUUGCCUAGUCCCGUCCCAAAAAGAAACGGCAAGCCAUAAAAUAUUGUAGAGGCGUAUCAUUCCUCUAAACAGUGGCUUAUCAAUCAUUCUUAAUUGGGAUACCAUUACGAGAAGGGCACUCUCCACGAUAGAACGUGAAAGAUGAUGGCCGCGUCCUUGCGUCGCUGGAGGAAAGUGUGGCCGCAGGUUAGCUGCGUCCGGGCGGCGAGUGGCAUGGAGGGCGUCCCUUACAAGGAUACAAUAAAGGACAAAUCAGUGCACGCGCCCCAGGCAGUUCCUUGCGAGGCAGACGUAGUGGUGGUCGGUGGAGGUUCGCUCGGCUGCAACGCACUCUACCACCUGGCUAAGCUGGGCGUCACCAACACCGUUCUGCUGGAGACUCACCAGAUCACGUCAGGUACGACAUGGCACACCGCGGGCUUACUGUGGCGUCUGAGACCCAGCGACGCGGAGAUUCACUUGAUCAACACAACAAGGGAGCUCCUGGCAAGAUUAGAAGACGAGACAGGUGUCAAUCCUGGUUGGAUUAAUAACGGAGGUUUAUUCAUAGCGUCUAGCAAAGAAAGACUACAAGAAUACAAACGUCUAAUGACUGUGGGCCGAGUCCAAGGCAUUGAGAGCUACGUGCUGGACCCUGCUGAGACCAAGAAAUUGUACCCACUCAUGAACGUUGACGAUCUGGCCGGUACACUGUAUUGUCCCGGAGACGGCACCAUGGAUCCAGCUGGCCUGUGUACGGCGCUGACUAGAGCAGCCACACGAGCGGGGGCGAGAGUGGUCGAGAGGUGCCCUGUCACAAGCAUUCGCACCGUGCCAACUCUCCUGGGCGGAAGGAAGGUCAGCGAGGUUCACACUCCCUUCGGCGUUAUCAAGACCAACAAUGUCAUCAACGCAACAGGAUGUUGGGCUAACGACAUAGCUAACAUGGUAGGUGUAGAAGUUCCUUUGGUACCCAUGAAGCACGCUUAUGUGGUGACUGAAAGGAUCCCUGGCAUAGAAAACAUGCCUAAUGUCAGAGAUCACGACGCUUCCGUAUACUUGAGACUACAGGGCGAUGCUCUCUCUGUGGGUGGUUACGAAAGCAAUCCAGUCUUUCUUGAUAAGGUUGAGCGAGAGUUCUCCUUCGGGCUCUACGAGCUGGAUUGGGAUAUUUUCAUGGCGCAUAUCGAAGGCGCCGUUAAUAGGGUGCCUGUGCUGGAGAACACUGGCAUCAAAUCAACUGUGUGCGGCCCAGAAUCCUUUACUCCAGACCACAAACCCGUAAUGGGUGAGGACCCGACAGUAGAAGGAUUCUUUCACUGCUGUGGUUUUAACAGUGCAGGUAUGAUGCUGGGAGGAGGAUGUGGGGACCAGAUUGCAAAGUGGGUUGUCCACGGUCGACCCGAAAUUGAUAUGUUCGGUUACGACAUCAGGCGAUACCACACCCCUCUUAACACCAAUAAACCGUGGGUCUUGGAGCGCUCUCAUGAGUCAUAUGCUAAGAAUUACAGUAUUGUAUUUCCUCACGAUGAACCCCUUGCUGGUCGCAAUCAAAGGCGGUCUCCGCUUCACAAUGUGCUGGAGGACCUCGGCUGCGUAUUUCAGGAGAGGCAUGGCUGGGAGCGCCCUGGCUGGUACAACACCGUCCCUGCCCCAACACAGCCGUAUGAUUGGUAUGGCUUCUAUGGCAACGACCUCAGCUCAGAUACAAGAUACAAGAGAACGCUAACUGCUGACUAUACUUUCGACUUUCCUCAUCAUCAUGAUCUGAUCCAGAAGGAGUGCCUAGCCUGCCGUAAUGCUGCCGCCAUCUUCGACAUGUCUUACUUUGGAAAGUUCUACCUGACUGGACCAGAUGCACAGAAAGCCGCCGAUUGGCUAUUCUCGGCAGACAUGGCAAGGGAUCCAGGUUCUACUGUUUACACUUGUAUGCUCAACCACAGAGGAGGAAUUGAGGCCGACCUUACUGUGAGUGUGUGUGACAGCGGAGAGGGAUCACCUUGUGAUCCAAAGUUUGAAAACCGCGGGUUCUACUUAGCAGCAGGAGGCGCAGCAGCCCUUCAAAACCUGGCCCAUGUCACCAAAGAAUUAAGAUCUCAUAAGUGGAAUGUCCAGAUCCUGGACCACACAAAUGACAUGGCCAUGCUAUCAAUCCAAGGGCCGAAUAGCAGGGCCAUUCUACAGCAGCUGAGUGACACAGACUUCAGUGAUGCAGCAUUUCCUUUUUCUUCACACAAAGUGAUCACAAUAGCUGGUCACAAGGCAAGGGCACUUAGGUUGUCCUUCGUUGGUGAAAUGGGUUGGGAACUCCAUGUACCUAACGAGUCAGCAGUUGCAGUCUACAAGGCAGUGAUGGCGACUGGGGAGCCUCUUGGGUUAGUCAAUUCUGGCUAUCGAGCCAUUGACUCUCUAUCUUGUGAGAAGGGCUAUCGCCACUGGCAUGCUGAUAUACGGCCUGAUGACACACCCCUUGAGGCUGGCCUUGCAUUCACCUGCAAGCUUAAGACAGAUACAAAUUUUCUUGGGCGCCAAGCCAUUGAGCGUCAGAAAGCAGAGGGCAUCAGGAAAAAGCUCGUGACUUUGACCCUGAAUGAUCCAUCAAAGCCUCUGUGGGGUCUUGAGGGAAUCUGGCGAAACAACGAAGUCCUAGGGUAUGUGAGACGCGCAGAAUAUGCCUUCUACCUUGGCCGUGCCAUAGCAUAUGGCUAUGUUGAGCGGCCAGAUGGGGAGCGGAUCACCAGCGACUUCCUUAAAAGUGGCUCUUGGCAGCUCGAAGCUAUGGGAACUAUGCUUGAUGCUUCGCUUCAUGUUCGGUCGCCAUUUGACCCCAAGAAUUUACGCGUGAAAGGGCUAUAUAGUGAAGCCAGCUAAAUAGUCUUGAGUUUUCAACUACUGGCUAAACGUUGUUGAGUCCAGUAUCCUCAUAUCUUUUGUCCAUGACAGUUCCUGCCUUAUAUAAUAGCACUUGAUGCCACUAAGACAUUCCUCUAACAUGUUUUAUUUUAAGUGUUGGGUAAUUUUUAAUGGAUGAAGAUUUUUGAUAUAUAGGUUUUUAUUAUUAUCCACAAUUUCCAUGCAUUUCGAUGAGGUCUAUUCCAGUGUCAUUAUAUAUUUGUGCUUGGUUGUAAAAAAUAUACUAGAUGCAUGAUUUUAUCAUAUGUUAUAUGCCAAUUUUUUUUUUUUUUUUUUUUUUUUUUUUUGUGUUUGGGAAGCACAAUGUAUAUCUAGAGGCAGUUAUUUAGACAUCUUACUUGAAAGGGUGCCAAAUCGUUCCUUAUGGUACACAGUGAAUGUAUUGUAUGGUGUGCUAAGUAUUCAUUAAUCCAGACCAAUCAGAAAUAUUUUGAAUACGCGUUGAUAAAUAUGGGUGAUUAUAAAUCAAACCUUUUGUCAGACAGAUAAUAGUUUUGUUUCCUUAUGUAUGAACUUAGAAACUCUGGAUUAAAGAUGAUAAUAUUUCAGAGAAAAAU